AUGUCCUUUGCCAACUUCGAUCUAGAAGCGCAAAAGUCCACCAAUGGCAGCCGUAUAACCGAAGAGAACCACUCUAUCUCCCAAAAUGAACUUGACAAGAUCAUCGACAGUACUUCUACUCAGCUUCAAGUAUUUGGAAACCUUAUCUCUCAGUUUGAGUCUCAGCGGAGGAGUGUCGGAUCUAAACGAGACAAUACCGAAUUAAGAAGCCUGCUAGACUCACUCACAGUCAAACUUAGCGGACUAGAACGAGCCAUCAAGAAGCUUAUGGCCAACCUUGCCGCCUUAAUCACCAAAAAUUCUGAUGAAAAAACAGAUAGUAAGUUUGAAAUAACCAACCGUCAAAUCAUCAUCAAAGAAAGACUAGUCACCGAAUAUAAUGACCUCCACAGACAAUAUGCGAGAUCUUUCAAGGAAUAUUCAGACAAGAAGCGCUUGUAUCCGCUCAAGGUGACUGAGGCAACGCCUCUACUCCCAGACAACCCACAACCCCAGUAUCACAGCCAACAGCAACAACAGCUCCAGGUGCAAGAUCAAGACAUAAUACAAGAAACUGAACUCGAGUACCAUCGGCUUUUGACCGAAGAGAGAAACCGGGAGAUAGAACAGGCGGCCGAAGGAAUCCAGGAAGUCAAUACGAUAUUCAAAGACUUGGGUGCAUUAAUCCAUCAACAGGGAGAACAACUAGAUUUAGUCGAAGACAACAUUGCUGACCUCCAACAAAACACCCAACAGGCAUCACACGAGCUCACAAAGGCUCACGAGUACCAGAAAAAGAAGGGGAAAUGGAGCUGCAUUCUUCUAGUUGCUCUUUGUAUAUUUGUAUUGGUGGUAGUUUUAGCGGUGGUGAGCUAG